AUGCCUCCCACUCAUAAAUGUGAAUCUAGUUAUGACAAACUUAAAAAGAAGAAACAAAUAACAGAGUUGAUAAAUUCUCAAAGGGGAGCUUUGGACAAAUAUGUUAUGAAAGAAACUCAAAUUCCAGUUGAAAAUGAAUCUGAUGAUGUUGAAACUAUGGAAACGAAUGAGAAUGACAAUGAUAAUGUUGAGAAUCAUGAUAAUGAUGGUGUUGUGUGUAGUAGAGACACAAAUACUAGUGAAACUUGUAAUUACCUUGACAUAUUUGAUCCAAGAAGAUGGGAUGGUAUUGAUGCUAAAAUGAUUGAACUGUUAGUGUUAGAGGGUCCCAAAAGAGAUUUAAACAUUGUCAAUGGGCCUCUUGAUAAAGAUAAUAGACGAUUUUCUUCAAAUUUGUAUACUAGAGUGUUACCAAAUGGAGAGAAGUUUGAUAGGAACUGGCUUGUUUACUCAAAUGAUCUUGAUAAAGUGUUUUGUUUUUGCUGUAAAAUAUUUAGAAAAGGGGUGGGUAAGGGUGGAUUAACAUGUGAAGGCUUUGACACUUGGAAACAUGUUAAUAUGAGACUUAAAGUUCAUGAGGCGAAAAGGCUUAAUGGAUUGGCAUUUAUAAGUAUUGAAAAUGAGCUAUUGGAUGAAAUACAAUAUGAAGAGUUGAUUGAUGAUUUUGCUGGAAUGAGUGCUAGAAGACUAGCUCUUUUCAAAUAA